AUGUGUGCCAAAAUGAUUGUUUAUCAACAAACCCUAGCUUCGAAACUGUUUGAUUGGUUUGAGACAUGGCGUGAAACCGUGGGACAUGGCAAUUUUGGGUACAAGAUGGGAGAAGCUGAUGAAGAAAUAGAAGGUGAAAAGGGUGGGAAAGAAAAGGAAAAGAAAAACUAG